AUGAUCGCCCUCGUCGGCCUCCUCCGCUACGCCAAGUGCGUCCUCUUCAGUGCCGCCACGUCGCGGUCCGUGGACUCCAAGGUGGAUCUCGACGACGGCGACGGCGACGAUGACGCGGAGCCACCGUCGCCGCCGCCGGACUUCCGGUGCCCCAUCUCCCUCGAGCUGAUGGGCGACCCCGUCGUGGCUUCUAGGGGUCAGACGUACGACCGCGACUCCAUCACGCGGUGGUUCGGCGCCGGCAAAUCCACGUGCCCCAAGACCGGGCAGGUGCUGCCGAAUCUGGAGCUCGUGCCCAACAAGGCGCUCAAGAACUUGAUAUCGCGGUGGUGCCGGGAGAACGGCAUCCCCAUGGAGAGCAGUGUGAACAUUCUGUAG